AUGUUAUUUUUUACUGAUCAUAAAUUAAUAACAUGGCGUUUAUUAUAUGAUGUUUCUAAUCGUAAUUAUGAUUAUUAUCGCGAUUCAAUAAUUGCUAAACAAAAUAUUAAUAUCACUGAAACUGUGGUUAAGGCUUUGUUUAGUAGGAAUGAUUUCGAUGAACCUGAACCAAAUUCAUCAUCAUCAUUACAUAAUUGUUUGACAAAAAUGUUGAAAAAAAGCCAUAAAAGUUUCAUUGAUAAUUUAAUCAUACAGCUGAUGCUGAAUAUCGAUCUUCAUAAAUUUGAAAAAUUAAAAUUAAAAGUAUUCAGCUAUACCGGUUUGAAGCUACGGAUUAAAUUGGCACUGUCAAUGUUCGUACUUCAUUGCUUGGAUGUAUUUUUGUUGACAUUGGCCAUAUCUACUACAUUAAAUCUUGCUUGUCUGAAUUAUUUUAAUUUUAUUCAAAUUCAUAUGUGGAAUUUAUGGCCAUUAGCAUUAAUUGAUUGUAUUAAUCAUUGUUAUUGCACAUAUAUUUUCUUUCGAAAUGGAGUUCUUUAUUUUAAUCUUUCGGUUAUGAGUCUCAUGUUUUUUGCAUCACAAAUGAAUAUAUUGAAUAAAAAGAUUAUCGAAAUAUUUUGCCAUCGCAGACGCUUAAUAAAUUCUAGGUUAUAUUAUUUACGUUUAUUGAUUUGGCGACAAUUUCAACGACAACAUCAACAUAUGACAUAUUGUAUAAUGUAUAGUGGUCAUGAUGUUUGGAAUAAUGUAUUCUUUAUGGGAGUCAUGGCCAAUGUUCCAUUGAACAUAANAUGA